CUGGGCCGUGGAGCCUCUGGUUUGGGGCUGCGUGACCGCCAAUGCUGGCAGCGAGAGCAGGAGGAGAGCAGCAAGCAAGCAGAACCACUUUGAUCCUUCCAUGGGAACCUAGACCACAAUCCAAUCUCCAUAUGCGUCGCGUGAUGUGCGGGCGAGCCUGUCCAGGGCUGCAGUGACAGGCACUGGGCGCCAAGUGGCCUCAAAUGUCCAACCGGGCAGCGCUUAUGUACGGGAGCGCUGAUCCACCGACAGACAAAGUCUCAAGGGCGGUCGCGGAAAAUGGCUGGUGGUCGGGCGGCCUCUUUUAGCCCCUGCCUGGCCCUGGGAGGCGAUCUGGCGCGCUAGGAUGGAUGGAUGGAUGGAUGGACCUACAGUAGCACAAGUAGCACAGGGCCGAGACAUUUUUCCUGCCCGCCCCAUACUGUAUGUACCGCGCUCCUUGGGCCAGCUAACUGCCGUCGCCAUCUUAGAAGCGCCAUCUUUGCUCGGCGCUCGACUCGGAUCGCGCUAGGACCGGUCUUGUCCAUAAUAUAUCCUGCACAGGCACUGUCGCAGGUGCCUGGGUUCCGUUGGCCACUCACUCUGCUCGCCCAGCCCGCGUGCUUGCCCACCUUGACCCCUCCGCCGCUUGGCCCAUCCACCCUCUACCCUCCCGUCGCGCGCCAUUGCAAGCACAGCACACACAAGCGAGCGCAACCGCAAGGCCCCCAGCCUCUCCCAGCAGCUCCCAGCGGCACAAGUCAUAACUCUAAAGCUAAAGGCCCGUCCCAAGGCGCCACAAGAACCGCGGGCGGGUAUUCAGUGUACCGGUGACGGGUGAAAGGCGCUGCGUCGAGAUAAGCUUCGGCCAGUCCAACUGACGGGCCUUGCCUUGGAUCCGUUGUCUCUUUUGAUACUUGAUGUUUUCUUUCUCUCCUUUUUUCUUCUCUUUUUCUCUUCCUUUAUUCUUGCCCUCUCAACGGCUUCAUCAUUACCUCCCUUAUAUCUCGCUGUUAUUUGCCCAUUUUCCAUUUUCCCACGCCCCUCUCGGAUCACGGAGAGGCGCCGGAUCCGAGUGACAGGACAGGGAGACGCUGUCGGCGCUUGUGCACGGCGUUCCUUGAAACCGGCUCCUCCCAAGCACCCACAGCUCUGCACAGCCUCCCCGCGGGUCCCAAAACUACGAGGGAAGAACCAAAAAGGCGGGCGCGCAUGUGAGACGGCAGUUGUCGGUGAAGCGUUUGGCCGGACCAGGACUGGCGAGAACCAGGCUUCCCAUCCGGUGUUCCCCUGCAGGCCUCGCCCAUCCCCGUUGUGGCGGCACCACGCUGGACUGCUUGCAUCCUUGAUCACGGCGCAUGCGCACAGGGCUUGACUUUCAGCGCUCAGGAGAAACCCCCACCAUUGACGAAGGGAAGAGUUGGAGGGGAAAUUGGACUGAGCCAGGGCUCACCCACUCCCUCCCCACCAUCUGUGUGUGUCAAGCAAUCAAAAAAGCCCCAGCCAGUAUAACCGACUGGGGUGAGGGUUGAGUGAUUGAUUGCUUGAUUGCUUGAUUGACCGACCGAUCGACCGACCGAGAAAGGUCGUAAAAGUCGGUCUCCCAAGUCCUUGCGCUCGCAGACACACGCCUGUCUAUUGAAACUCUCGGGCGCAUUCCUCAAGGUUUUCUCGCUCAGUGGUUCGUCAGCCCGCGCAAACCGACGUGCGCGAACCCACACAGCACUGAUUGAAUCGGAGGCAUUGAUCGCCCCAACCAGCUCUUGCUCCUGAACACACUCACUCGCUCGCUCGCACACACACACCCCCCUCUCCCCUCCCCCGUCUGCGCACGCAAAGGCCGCCCAGCGUCUGGUGCUCGUUUUGGUCCCCGCCCAGAACUCGCACAAUCGGCUCUUUAUCCCAAACACAAAAUCGGCUCGACUGGCGACUUGGGUUGCUCCCUGGGCUGCCUGAAGAGUGCGAGUGGAAUCCAUCAAUCCUCGGACCCGCCCUCUGCAGUCGAGGUGCAGGCAGGCCCCCCCCCUAGAAUUCUUUUGGCGGGCGCUGGUUGGGUGGCUCCCGGGUCUUGUCAGCACACAGCACAGCACAGCACAGCACAGCACAGCACGCUCCCGUCUACACAGCCCCAGCCUUCGCGGCAUAGCCACGGUGCCUGGCAGACUGUGACUCGUUUCUGCCUUGCCUCGAUUCUAAAGACGGAAACACCUGCAAUCCCAUCGCCAGACACCCUCCAUCGCACCACCGCGCACCACCAUGGAUCAAUCCCGGCAACCCGAGCCUGGUCGCGGGCGAUCGCCGUCCGCCGCGAACAUGUCUGCUACCCCCCAACAGCUCUCUCCCCAUAUAAGACAAAGCCACUCGCCGUCCCCUGCGCCCCAGCCCUUUCCCCAGUCCGAGAGCGGCCUCGGCCUAGGGAUAGUCUCGUCACAUUUCCCCAGCUUCAGCAACGACUCCAACGGGUAUCUCAGCCACCAGCACCAGCCGCAGCCCUUCAGCGACUCGCUGACCGACCCCGUACUCGACCUCGCCCGCGACCCUCCCGUGUGCUCCCCCUACCAGCAAGACUACGUCCUCACUCCCGGCGCCGGCUCCUUUGCGUCGGCCGACUUUUCUCUCUUUCCGCCCGCCACCACGGAGCAGCUCAACACCCCGCUCUUCGUCACGAGCGACGCCCAGCAGCAGCUCCAACAGCGGUCGUCGCCGCAGCCGCAACUCGGCACCCCAGACCUUACCAUGGCCACGUCGCAACCGCACCACAGCCCGACCCCUCCCCACCUGCUCCAGCCGGAGCCGCACCAGCCCGGCUCCGCCCACCAGUCCCCGUCCUUCAACACCCAUCAGUUCUCGUCGCCGCCCGGAAGGCAUUCGCGACACACCUCGCUGGGCCCCGAGGCCGCCCUGCUCCCCGGCCAGGUGGACUGGAGCGCGUCGCAGUUCCAGGGCCACAGGCGCAGCCCCUCCGAGUUCUCGGAUGUGUCCUCGGUCGCGCCGUCGCCGAACCUGGUCAGCUCCGACAGCUUCGAGCACAUUGAGCACUCGCCAAUGCAGCGCCCAGUAGACUCGUCGGGCCUGUACAACGAGCUCAACGGGAUGGGCACCUUCAGCCUGUCGGAUGCCCACCACCACAGCCCCGACCUGAGGGCACGGAGCCCGUCCAACAGCCCCGCCAUCUCACCAAGGAUCCUGCCGCGGCAGCUGCCCGACAUGAGCCAGGGCAACGGCUUUAUCCUGCAGGGCCAGGGCAACGCCUACGCUGCCCACCCCCAGUUUAAUGUGCAAGCCGCCGAGGCCUUCCCCCAGCUCCCGCAGACCUUGGACGGUGGCAUGCAGAUGCAGGCCCCCACAAUCAACAUCGACUUUGCCCCAACCUCGAUGAAGAGUGGGUUCGAGAACAAGUCCAUGAUAGAUACUGAUGCACUAACGCCGCCCGAAAGAGGUCGGGUGCGUUCGAGACCCCGUGCGGUCACGGACCCAUACAGCAGCGGCGUCACGCCAUUACCCCGGCAUGCGAGCAACAGCCUGUCGCCCAAUCCAGACGUGUCCUCGCGGGACUCUUCCCGUUCUCUGUCGCCUCUGGACCGGGGCAGUGCCUCCCCCAACAGAAGACGGCAGUCGACCUCGUCAGUUCCCAACAACAUCAUGGCGCUGCGCCUGGCCGACCCCGAGUACGCUGCCCAGGCGGGCGCCGAUGGGGCUCCCGGGGCCAACGGUGGCGCCAAGCGGGUUCAGAAACACCCUGCCACCUUCCAGUGCUCUCUGUGUCCUAAGCGCUUCACACGCGCGUACAACCUUAGGAGUCACUUGCGCACGCACACGGACGAGCGCCCCUUCGUCUGCAACGUGUGCGGCAAGGCUUUUGCUCGGCAGCACGAUCGCAAGCGCCACGAGGGAUUGCACUCGGGCGAGAAGAAGUUUGUCUGCAAGGGAGACCUCAAAGCCGGCGGCCAGUGGGGCUGUGGGCGGCGGUUCGCGCGGGCCGAUGCGCUUGGGCGUCACUUCCGGUCCGAGGCCGGGCGCAUCUGCAUCAAGCCGCUGCUGGACGAGGAGAUUAUGGAGCGUCAACGCCUGUGGCAGGAGCAGAGGCUGCAGGCCGUGGCGCAACAGCACCAGAACAUGAUGAUGCCCGGCAUAGACCCCAACACGGGCUAUCCUGUCGACGCCGCUGGCAACUACGCCCUGCCUGCCGCGCUUAUCGCACAAUACCCCGCGCUCGCCCAGAUGAACUGGGGUCCUGGCGGCAUGGAAGAUAACUCCGGCAUCCAGGACGACGUGUCGGGCCGCAGCAGCUUUGAUGCCAGCGAUUACGACGACGUCGACGAUGGAGGCUACGUCUCGGGCCCCGGCACAGGAUUUGGCCAGGGCGGGAUGGGCGAGGGCUUUGGCGAAAUAGGCUACGCUAGUGACUAUGGCGGCCGAUAAUGGCGGCGCUAUGGGACCACGUGUUCAUCACAGCCGCUCCUCCCAGGUAUCUUGACGCUGGAAUGUUUUGCCUCUUCUUUUUUGCUCGGCGCUCGGCGCAUUUGUUGCCAAACUACUCUCUUCUUCGUGUGUCUGGAACUUUUGAAGUCUCCGACGACGGGCUAUUUCUGGUUUGUGUCCUUUUAGUCUUGGCCCCAUUUAGUUGGACGACAACGGUCAUGCAAUGAUUUAUCUAUCAAUGCCGGUUAUGUUUCUUUUGUCCACGACUCUUCUCUUCUUGAUAGCACCCUACCUAGUUAAAUUGCGUGUGACUUCUUUGCGUUUUGGUUACUGGUGGUUUUGUUGGAGUUCACAAAUGGCCUUUGGACAUGGCGGCCGUGUAUUUGGGGUGUUUACAGAUAGUCUACUCUCAAUCAUGCCCAAGGAUUCAUUCUGCUUUCGGAGUGACAUUUAUAUAUACCCAGUAUCUUAUUUCCUGCACAUCGAAGGAGCGCAAGUUCCUGUUCGGGGAACGUGUAUGGCUUGUUGAGCAUACCUAUGUUUGAAUGCCAGUUUUAUCGCCGACACUUUUUAACCCGCUCAAGUAUUCCCGA